UUAAAAAAAAAAAAUAUAUAUUUUCAUUUAUUUGUCAAACAAAAAUUAUAUUUUAUUAGAAUUUUUUUCAGAUUACUGAAUAAUUGUAAAUAAAAUUAAACCAAUAAAUAAUUAUUCAUUUUAAUGUUCCAGCAAAAACCCUCAUCCCAAAGAAAAGCAGCAAGUCGUUUUAUCAACGAUAACAAUGAGACUAAUCUCAUACAGUUGAGUCCUCAUAGGGAAUUGGAAAAACGCAGCCCUUUUACCUUAAGCGAUAAUGAGGAUUCGAAAACCAAUUUCAUAGGAGAUACCAUUCUAGCUCCUGAAAGACCUCGUGCCUAUGUGGUAACAAAGACUGGUGAAAAACAUUUAUUAGAUUUGGAUAAUAAUGCUCUUCCCAAAACCAGAUCAAAUCCUUUUACUUUACAUAGUCCCAGAUUGUCGGCACCUACUAUGGAAACUAUAUCAGAGAAAUCAUCUUCACAUUUAUCACAUUCGGAUAAAAUGAUUAGGAGCAGCAGUAAAUUAAUCAAGAAGCUUAAGCCCUUAAAACGCCAAAAACAUCGUUUAGUUUUUACUCCCAGAAAUAUGGAAACAACCUCUUCAACACAACUAUUAGCAGCAGAUAAUAAUGUUAACAAGAACAUUCUAAAUCAAAAACAGUCUAUGCCUGUGGCAAAAUCAUGGGCAAACACUAGUAUAGAAACUCAAACGGAAAAUUUUCCUUACAUAGGGCCUCAUUCCUAUAUACCCAGACAUUUUAGUACAGCAACUGGUUCCAUCAAUUAUAUACCCAUGGAAGGACCUAAAAAGUAUUUAAAUGAAUCUGUUAACACACAGCGAAGAUUUUACUCCAUGGCCACUGCCCAACCGCCAUUCAAACCUUUGGAGAUUUACACAAAAUAUAAUCCCAACUUACGAAAGUAUUCUGAGUUACGCAACAUUGCCUCGGCUGUUACCUUCAUAACAGUAGUCUCUUGGCUAUUUUCUAAAAUUUUUGAUAUUGAAUGCUUUUGGGAUUAUUUAAAUAGUUUGUGGCAACAUCUGUGUAAUUGGUUUUCAACUAAAGAGAAACCAAAAACAAAGUUAGAAGUAUUGGUAACAUUUUUCCAAGACUUGUGGUCUUAAAAAUGUAAUUGAAACUUUUUUUUUAUAAUAAAUAGUUGUUUCCAAUAUGGAGUUUAAAGGAUGUAAAUAUUAUUGUAAUCAUUUGUAAUGAAAUAAAAAAUUUUCUUAAAA